UUAUCGUCAUGUAAUUACUUGAUAUACUUCCGGAGAUGAAACGCAGACACAUGUUGGGUGUCAUGUAACUUUAGUUUGAAGCUAACAGUAGAUGGCACACUUGCGCUGUUUGUAAAUGGACUGAUCCCUGUUGUCCAAGGAUGGAGCUAGGCUAGCUUAGCCAAUUUAAACUCUCUUGAGGGUUGUGGUGUGUCGUUGUCGGGUUGUAUCAUCAGGCAUUUACCAGUGGAACUGCGGGGACCAUAUUAUCUGUGGGAUUUCAGGAGCAGCGGCUGUACAAAGACUGUCACAGAAGUUGGGAACUAUUAAAUGCUGGUUUCUUUGACAGCUGAAUCGGUUAAAAAAGAUGAGGAGUGCGUAACCUAAACCCGGGAGGGAGAUAGCUCUGCGUGCCAGUCCGAUGAAAGGAUCGUGUUCGCCGGUUUCUUCUUCAGUUCAAUUCCCAGUGCCAUGGAUGCUGCGGGAUACAGAAGUGAAGGGCAUUUCGGUGAAGCGGAGACCGUGUGGCAUGUGAUGCACAGGUCAGAGGAUGUGGAAGUGCGAGGCAGAGAUGGAGAAGGCUUCAGGCUUGUGGAGGCUUUUCUAACUGGAGGAGCACCAUGGGGAUUUACGCUGAGAGGAGGACUGGAACACCGAGAACCUCUGGUCAUAACAAAGGUGGAGGAGGGCAGUAAGGCCGCGGCCGUGGGUCUCCAGGUGGCAGACGAACUCGUCAACAUCAAUGAGAUUCCCCUGAGUGGCUACAGACAGGAGGCGAUCUGCCUUGUCAAAGGCUCCCACAAGACGCUCAGCCUGGUAGUGAAGAGACGGAAUGAACCCAUAAGCAGGCCUCACUCCUGGCACUCCACCAAGUUCAACGAACACCAAUCAGAGCCAGCCAAAACACAGUCUCCACCCUCUCAAGUCUGGCACACCAGAUAUGAUGCAAGCUCCUCAUCAGCUGACCUCACCUCCAGUUGGGAGCAGACAAACUUGCGCAGAGUCUCAGACCAGUUCAGCUCCCUGGGCAGCAUGGACAGUCUAGAGCAUGUCCCACACCCUUACCCAGCCAGCCCACUCACACCCGCUAAAUCCAACAACAGCAUGGAGCACGUAGGGGGGGGGAAGAGAGACUCUGCCUACAGCUCUUUCUCCACCAGCUCAGGCACACCAGACUACACUCUGUCCAAAAGCAACGCUGCCUCAACAGAAAAUGUCCUGUAUAAAGUCAACCAAUGGGAUACGGGAGGUAAACAUGUCAGUAACAGAAAUCCACAAAGUGAAGGGGCAAGACAGGAGGACAGGGUAACAUAUUUCCAAAUGCCAGGAUGUGAUAGUCAACACAGUGAAGACCAAGCGGGCUCCAGGGUAUCCACCUCAAGUCGCUCAAGCUUUGGCCCAGUUUGGCACGUCCCGGAAAAGAACAAAAAGACCUCAUCGCCAUCUCCUCCUCCGCCAGCUCCACCCACACGCAGUGACAGUUUUGCAGCCACUAAGCAACACGACAGGGGACAUAGUAUGGGACACUUUGAAGGCCCACAAGAGACACAUAGUAAAAUGGCAAUGGACCACAGACGGAGCUACAAUCUCUCCCCGAAAAAUGACUUUGACAAUUUGAGUCAAAAUGUUCACAGCCAGUUUAGUGCUAACAAGCAGCACUCCAGUAAUGUUCAACAGGGACAUCAUGGUGACAAAAGCACUUUCUUCCCUCAACCAUGGACAUCCUCUGCUGGUAAACCUUUCAGUAACACACAGGAAAUUCAAAGUAAUGGUUCCACUCAUAGUCAAAGUCAUAGACGAAACUUAAGCACCUCUUCAUCAACCACAGUUUCAGAGCAAAGCAGUGAAAACUCAAAUCGUUACUAUUGUGUUACACCAACCCAGUCUAUGCAUCCCAAUGUCCAGCAGCCAUUUGUAGCAGAGGACAGGAGGAUUUCAACUUCCAGUGAGCGCAGCGUAUGUCUCAGCCCGCAAAAUGUCAUGAAAAUGAGGUAUAGUCUGCCGAUGCCACAACACACCACUCAAGCAAAAGUUAUGGAAGAAAGAGGAAUCCCGCCUCCAAAUGUAGAGACUCCCUACAUGAGCUAUCCUGCUAAUAGGACAUCUGAACAGCGCAGAUCAAUGCCGGUUCAACCUACAGCGGCACAGCAAGAUAUAAAGCAACAGGUAAAUAAUAAAAUCUGCCCCAAAGCUACUCCCAUACUCCACUCUUUGUCCAUGGAUGCUAGCGCGAACUUGGAUGAGCAAGGUGAAGGUAAGAACAUACAGCGUAACGAACGAUUCGCCACAACGUUGAGGAAUGAAAUCCAAAUGAGAAGGGCUAAACUACAGAAAAGUAAAAGCGCGGCGACUCUUCCAGCUAAUGAAACGGAGACUGAAGACCGAGAUGUUUGGAAAUCAUCGGAAAACGCAACGCCGACUUCUAAUGCUUACAAGGACAAUCUGAAGGAAAUGCAAGCUCGAGUGCUCAAAGCGACAUCUUUUAGGAGAAGAGACCUUGAGCCAGUUUUGGUAGAGCACCCAGUUUCAGAGCUUUCUACAAAUUAUACAUCUGUAGUUCGCAAAGAAAUGAACUCAUCUUUGCCUCCUGUUUCAGAGUCUGUACGGAGCAAAUCGGGGCCAGUCAAUGUUCAAGUCACUCGUAUAGGGGGACGUAAACGGUUUUCAGCAGAGAAAAAGGUCAGAUCCUUCUCUGAACCUGACAAAAUUCAUCACGUUGGAAUGAAAGAAGAUCAAAAUAUAGACUCCUCACUAGAUACAGAGAGUGGAUCAACUUAUGUUCACGGUACAGCUAGGAACCACAAAGAUGUCAGGCCACAGUCUUUUGCAGCGAGUAUAGAAACAGCUCCACCUCCUUCACAUUACCCAGAGGACACCCAAGGAGGCACAGUAAACAUUCAGCAUGUUUCCGAGCAUCAAAGGCUUGGCACUUUUGCAGAGUACGAGGAGAGGUGGAGCAUCCAGAAGAAACCGGCGGCAGAAAAGAGGGUGUCAGGACGGUACCGAUCGGCUGAUAAUAUUCUAGAUCAGGAGACAGAGGAGAGAAGCAGCACCUGCUACCACGAGAGAUCCAGGUCCUCCCCUUCAGCAGACCUUUUUACACAGAAGUUUCCUGUUCCUGCUCGAAAGUCUGAGAGUGAAUAUUCCCAGACGGAGGACUGUAAACCUGCUCAACAGCUCAGUGCGGCCACAGGGUUGGCUGACAGACUGAGGGAGCAGGAGCCCUUCACAGCCCCGCCCACACAGCCCAGGACAGCGUCUAGCAGAGGUGGUCCCACUGUAAGCAGCCAUAAACCCAUCGCCUUCUCCCACAACCUCCAAGACCCCAGGAAAGAAGACGCACGAUCUGAACCCAGGAGCAACCCGCCUAGCGCAUGCCAAGACGUGACUUCCUCUAAUACCAGUGAUAUCUCCAGUCACCCUAGCCCCGCCCCUCCGCCCGCCCCCAUCCCAAAAACAGGGCUGGAGCAGGCCAAGGGACUCGUGGACAAAGGACAAGGGGCAGAGCAGCAGCCGGUCACAGCAUCGUCCCACUCAGAGACAGGGCAAAACAAUAUGGAGACGCAAAGACCACCCUCUCCUCAGUUCUCCCCUCAGAAACUCAGUGACAAGCCUCCAGUUUCUCUGCAUGAAGACUCCAACUCCAACAGAUUCGAGCAGGUGGUGGAAGCCCAAAAUCCAGCAGUGAAGAAAGUUCCCAUUCGGAUUGUCCACUCAGAGGGAGCCGCAGAGAAGGAGAACUGUCCGUUUUUGAAGCACCCUGAUCCCACUCCAGCAGAAGGGCAGACUGUGGUCCGCCUCGCCAGUCUAAACGCCGGGGGGCAGGACUCUGUAUUCUGUGCUUUCACUCGGUCAAAAGAGCAGGACAACGUGACUCAAAACCAGCCACAAAAAGACACUUAUAUUAGCACUAUAAAAGACCACAAUAUGAACUCGGAUGAGCAAGCGAAUAACAAUAACAAACCAGCUGACAGUACCACAGAGGACCAGAAGAGGGCAGAGUUGGCGCGGGACAUCAUGGGCAAAGACAAGUCCCUGGCCGAGAUCCUGGACCAAAGCCGAAUGAAGACCACCAUGGACAUGAUGGAGGGAAUCUUUCCAGAAGGAGAGCAGCUCAUCGAGGGGGCACACCACAGACGCAAAGGUUCAGUGAAACAGGCCCCACCCAGACCACAAGAGAACAGGGAGAAGGAGGACAACAUGCCAGCUGUUACCAUGGUGACCAGUGCUACUUACUACAGCACGUCUGCUCCUAAAGCCGAGCUGCUCAUCAAAAUGAAAGACAUGCCAGAGGAAGAGGUGGACUCUGAGGAAGAGCUGGACCUGGACCUGGCCAAUAAAAAGCAAGAGCUGAUCGACAGCCUCACUAAAAAGCUGCAGGUGCUGCGUGAGGCACGUGAGAGUCUUCAGGAGGACAUUUUGGACAAUAAUGCUCUGGGAGAGGAGGUGGAGGUGCAGGUGCAGCAGGUCUGUAAGCCAAACGAGCUUGACAAGUUCAGGAUGUUUGUGGGAGACUUGGACAAAGUGGUGUCACUGCUGCUGUCUCUGUCCGGACGGCUGGCCCGAGUAGAGAACGCCCUCAAUAGUCUGGAGGAGGACGCUACGCCGGAGGAGAGGCGCACUUUGACUGAGAAGAGGAAGUUGCUGAUCCGGCAGCACGAGGACGCCAAGGAGCUAAAGGAGAACCUGGACCGGCGGGAGAGAGUCGUUUAUGACAUUUUGGCUAACUACCUUCAAGAGGACACUCUCACGGACUACGAGCACUUUGUCAAAAUGAAGUCAGCGCUGAUUAUUGAACAGCGCAAACUUGAGGACAAGAUCAAACUGGGAGAGGAGCAGCUCAAGUGUCUGCUGGACAGCCUGCCCAUCGAGCAGAGGCUCUCCUUAUGAACAAAAUAGACUAGUUUGUGUUUAAAAAAGGACAAAUUUUGACUUGAUUUCAGUUGCAAUAUGACCUCAUGUCCACUAGAGGUAAAUCUGACUGUGUCUUUAAGUUUCUCGUUCAAGUGGGCAGAAUUAUGUUGACAAGAGACCAACUUUAAUUUGAUAUCGUUUGAGUGAUUUGCAGUACGUCCUUGUCUCCACUAGGGGAAGACUGGAGACUUUGAUGGUCUCAUCUAACGCUUGUGUUAAAAAGGUACAACUUUGACAUUUUUGAUACAGGCUUAAAUUUCUAUGUUCAUCCCUGUUAAUUUUCCUCAUCUCUAGUUAAAAAGAAAAUCUCAAGAAAUUUGUUGAUUUGUUAAACGCAGUGCAGACCCUUUUCCAGUAGAAGAGAUACGGAGAAUAAUUCAGUGUCUCUUGCAAUUUUAUGAUUUGCUGCUUCAGCAUCAAAUCGAUAGACGAAUUCUCAUGUUUGAUUUGGUUGACUUGCACUUGCAGUACAUCUCUGGGUCCACAAGAGGGAGCCAUGUAUUGGCAAACAACAUUGACUUGAGAGACUUCUGUUUGCUGUUUAUUUUCUUUAUCACAUUAUGACAAAGUUGAUCUGUUACUUCACAAUGGACUGCCAUAAAACCACUAGGAGCCACCUCUUAUUAUGAAACAUGAUGUUUUACUGAGCAUCAGUGAACCACUGCGAUUUGUCUUUUGCCUAACCACCAGUUUUGCUUUGUUUUUGUUGUUUUAAUGUUUUUUUAGUAAUUUAUUGUAGCCUUUUGAAUCUGCACAGGAGAGGACAGUAUUUUUUAACUGAUUUUUCCCAUUUCAGUUUUUAGUAUUUAUCAAGAUUUAAGUCCACAUUGUUACAAAACCAUCCAUAAAAUCUGACCGUAUAUUUCAAUCAAUGCAUUUAACAUUUGUAUCUAAAAAUUAGUGGCCUUUUUUACUAAAAUAAUUGUGCCCUAAAAGAAAAGUUUCAAUAUUUUUUGCAAUAAUAAACUUUGGAGACAGGAUGAAUGUGCAGAUUACGUGUUGUU